UUCCAUCUGGAUUUUACUUCCCCGAUGACAAUGAAUGAAAUCAACGGUGUUCAACUGUUAGAGUACAUGUCGUGGUGCAUGAUAUUUUCAGGGAUUUUAGCUUUCGUAGUACUACAAUUUGUAAACAUCCCGUACGGACGACAAGCUUCGAGUGCUUUUGGCUUCCCUGUUAAUGUUAAACUCGCUUGGUUUGUUCAAGAGAUUCCCUCAUUAGCAGUACCUGCUGUAUUCAUAAUUUUGGGUACACCUGCUACAAGAUUUUCUCAACCUUCCAACCAAAUACUUAUCGCAAUGUUUUUAACUCACUAUGUCCAAAGGGAAAUGGACCCAUCACCAAACCCUUCCAGAAUUAGUAGUUGCAUUCCAACAAAGAAGAAGAAGAAAUGUGGCACUUUAUCCAGCCAUUGGGACACUGGAUGCAGAGCAUUGAUCUACCCCUUUUUAAUACGAGGUGGAAAGGCCACACCAUUUAUUCCCUUCAUACUAGCCUUUAUUUUUUGUAUGUAUAAUGGAUACUUGCAGGGAAGGUACCUAAGUCAGUAUGGAAUUUACCCAGAGGACUGGAUAACUGACCCACGUUUCAUUGUAGGUUUUGUACUGUGGCUGGCUGGAUUGUUAUUAAAUUUACACUCUGAUCAUGUACUACGAACUCUAAGAAAGCCUGGCGAGAUGGGUUACAAAAUACCCCGGGGAGGAAUGUUUGAAUAUGUAUCAGGAGCCAACUUUUUGGGAGAGAUUAUUGAAUGGACAGGAUUUGCAGUGGCCUGCUGGUCUCUUCAGAGUGCUGCUUUUGCCGUGUUCACAUUUCUGAUUUUAAGUACCAGAGCUAAGCAACAUCAUAAAUGGUACUUACAAAAAUUUGAAGACUACCCAAAGUCAAGAAAAAUCCUGGUUCCAUUUUUAUACUGAGAGGGCAUGAUGAAAACUGUUACAUAGUAGCCAAAGUGCCGAACAUGAACUAGAGAAGAUUUAUCGUGACAUUAAAACAGAAAGCCAAAAGGCUUUCUAGAGGCUUUGGAUUAGUCUUUGAAAUGUUGCACAGCAUUUACUGAUGGAGAAAUUAACAAAUCCACAAGCAGUGCCCGGGACUGCAUGUUUUGGAGAUUCAUAGUAAAAACUUAAAUGUACAGCACUUAAUGCGUAAAACUGACAAAACUAAUUUAACUUAUUUUCAUUCCUUCCUGACUAUUGCAUAUUACUUUUAGUUUAUUUUUUUCUUCAUUAUUUGCUACUACAUAUCAAAAUGCAUGUAUAUUUUAUCAUGGUACCUUACAUUGUGUUAUGACUAAUUUGUUUAAAAUAUAAUUUGUUCUUGCCGUCAUGACUCUGGUUACGCCUUAAGAGUCCUUAGACCAGUGCACUUACCUGGUUAACAAUUGUAAAAAUAAAGCACGUAACUAAAUGGUGUGCAUGUGUAGAUAAUGGGAGAUCUAUGUAUGAAAUAAAAAAUUAGAUGAGCUUGGGAGGAAGGAUUCUGCUCAUUAUGUCGCAUUCCAGCAAGAAGAAUGUGUGCAGCUCACAAAAAUGAAGGCACUGCAGGAAUUAAUUGUGGUGUGGCAACUUCACUACUGCUUUUUUGCAAGUCUUUUUGUCUGUUUAAAGUAUAUUUGCCAAACUAAUGAUUUAAAAGUAAGGUUUGUUGAUGCUUGUCUAAUACAAACGUGUAAAAAUAUUUAAGAAUUUUAUUGAAAUAACUGACAUGUAAUGGUGUCUUGCUGGCUUCAACAUAAGAGAAAUGAAAACUCUGCUAUACAUGUUACUGGUUUAGGGAACAUUAAGAACUAUGAACUGAAGUUGUGAGACAAAAAAAAUUGUUUAUUACCAUCAGGGAACAGUAUACGUACCAUAACCUUAUAUGUGACUGCUUAUUGAAACUCAGCCAAACCUGUUAGUUUUUGGGGAAUACAGUGAGAAUGAGUAGGGAGCCAUAAAUGUAAAGGAUUUAAUAUUAUCCCAGCUCCCUUAAAUGCCUUUUUUGUGGAACAGGUAAAUAUUUUUGUUUAUGCUACCUGAAUUUAUCACAGCUACAGCAAAGAUGAUUAGUUUCGAUCUUAUGUCAUUUACAGAUAAGUCCACAAUAUGGAAACUUCCUCAGUAUAUUUUUAUGUAACUGAAUAUUGCUAUGUAUCACAAUUGCUGCUGCUUUUGUUAUAUUGCAAUGUAAUAUUAGUACCGAGGAUUGUUGUGAGUUGCAACCAUGUCUUCCAACGUGCUGCACAGUUCAAGACUGUACUAUUUUGUUUUUGGAAGAAAUAGCAUAUGAUUCAUUAGAGAACUUGUUGCAAAACAGUUAGAAAAUGGCCAUUGGGUUCUGUUUUUGAGCAAGAUAAAUCCUGAAGAACACCAGCA